UGAUAAACUCAGUCGUCGCGAAAUUCACUUUCAAUGUGCAAGUGUCCACGAGCAACAUGUGUAAAAAAAGAUAAAUAAAAAGAUGAAUUAAGAAUUUUAUAGUUUGAAGUGAAAGAUUGCAUUAUUAUUGAAGAAAAUAUUGUAGGAUUUACUGUAUAAUGGCCAAGUCUCGUCUGAUUCGCGCCUUGUUAUGGCUGCUCUUGAUACCAGCUGUGGUGAUCCUCGGCUUGGGUUACUGGCUGUUCCUCCAACCACCCCCACCGAUACCCAACCUGAAUUACGAAGAAUGGUGGGGUGAUGAGUCUUUGAAGGGGAAGCAGGAUACGAGUGUCAGGCCUUUUAAUAUCACAUUUAGUGAUGGUAUGAUCAAAGAUCUCAAAUCAAGACUGAAGAAUCACGUCCCUUUUCGACUGCCUCUUGAAGGAGUCGGCUUCGAAUACGGGUUUAACACUAAAAUGAUAGACGAAUGGACCACUUAUUGGGCUGUAAAGUACCCGUUCAGGGAGAGAGAAAGGUUUUUGAAUCAAUACCCGCAGUUCAAGACUAAUAUUCAAGGUUUGGAUGUUCAUUUCAUCAGGGUUAAACCUCAGGUCAAAAAUAAAGAAGUAAUUCCUCUUCUUCUCCUUCACGGCUGGCCAGGUUCAGUAAGAGAAUUCUACGAAGCUAUUCCACUUCUAACAGCAGUUACUAAGGAAAGAGACUACGCGAUAGAAGUCAUUGUGCCAAGUCUACCUGGAUAUGGGUUUUCUGAUCCGGCGUCUCGUCCUGGGCUUGGUCCAGCUCAAAUGGCAGUAAUCAUGAGGAACUUGAUGCACAGGCUGGGUCACCAGAAGUUUUACAUACAAGGCGGCGACUGGGGAAGCCAAAUUUCUAACAUCAUGACUGUAAUGUUUCCAAAGGAGAUCUUAGGCUCCCAUAUCAACUUUGGAUUCGUGCCAUCGCUAAAGGCUAUGGUGUUGCAAUACUUCAUCUCUUUCUAUCCCACUCUGUUCAUGGAGGCCAGUUUAGUUGAAAGAUUGGAGUAUAACAAACUGGUGCUUGUAGAACUUGGGUAUUACCAUCUGCAGAGCACUAAACCUGAUACUAUUGGUGUCUGCCUAACAGACUCCCCUGUGGGACUCCUUGCUUAUAUCUUAGAAAAAUCGGUAGCUGCUACAAAUUUACACAAUGUGAAGCUUGAAGACGGUGGCAUGAGAUCCUGGAGGUUCAGCAAAGACCAGAUUCUUGACAAUCUGAUGAUCUAUUGGACUGGCAAUUCGAUAACUACAUCAAUAAGAAUUUACGCCGAGUCUGCAAGCAAAGCGCAUACGAAAUUGGGAUUUCAUCUUUUGAAAUCAUACGUCCCAACAUGGGUGGCACAAGCCAAAUACGAGAUUUACUACCACCCGCCUGUGGUUUUGAGAAUGAAAUACGACAAUUUGGUGAACGUUUCAGUUUUGAACGAGGGCGGCCAUUUUCUAGCUUGGGAACUGCCUAAAGUAUUUUCUGAAGAUGUUCUGAACGCUAUUGCGGCGUUUAAAAAGUUACAAAAAAGUAAGGAUGAGCUUUAAAUAACGUUUAUAUUGGGUUUUUAAUCUAAUAUUUUAUUUUUUGUUGUUGAUAAGAUUCUUUAACUUUCUAUGUUUUUUAUAGUUAAGUUUUUUUUAAAUAAAUAAAUCUAUAUUUUUGGUGUUUUUAAGUAUUUUUGAUAAAAAAACAACAACAAAAUUUAUUAAUAUAUGGAAGAGACUCUUCCAAAUAUUAUUUACAGAGCGUGAAUGGCUAAUGCCUAAUAUUGGUCUAAAUCUUCCAUAUUUUUGAGAAACAAGGUUGUUUUAAAUCAGCGACAAAAAUUCAAAAA